UGAGAAUGUCCAUGGGCGGAGGUAUCACUUAACAUCAGGUGAGCCUCCUGCCCGUUUGUCCCCUGUUCUAUAAAAAAAUGUAAAGAAAUAAGUAAAAUGAAACUCAUCCAAUACCUAUUGCCCUGAUCAAUUGUUGCGAUAACAGAAAAGACAUAAAUCAAUUGCCAGACAUCUGUAGCUCAGGCAUUUCAUGUUAACUAAUAACGACAAACUACCUUGUUUUGGCUCGGGCUGUCCAUUGUUUGCUUGGCAUUCGUACGAGCGACACAUGUCGGUACGCACAUCGAGACAAUUACGGGUGAACUCUUAGUUCAUUUAGAAAAACAUAAGAGAGGAGCAGCUAAAGUUUGUCGUUCCAAAGGAAAUACUAAGUGAAAUUCAAUUCCAAUGUUUUUCAACGACAAGCGCGAUAGAGGAAAAAGCUAUAGGGUAACGGAUUAAAUGUGUCGCGGUGAAUCCCAAGUGAAAGGGAAAAUGUUGGUGUUUCAAUUAGUAUUCUAUAUUUAAGUUUUUGAUAUCGUGUUAUCUGUUCAAAGUGGUUAUUUUGGUUUCGCUUUUAUCUUGUUGAUUACUGUGUUUUAUGGUUCUAAACUGUUAACGUCGUCAAGAUAGCUCAAUACGUACGAUUAGUAGAUGUAUUGAAAGGACUGAGACCUGAAGUGUUUUACUUUUAAUUACCUAAGCUAUUCGGUUGUUGGAAUGAUAUAUGGCACAUGUUUAGUGGUCUAUAAUGUCCAAUAAAGCCAAUUCGUAAUGCGCGAUGAUUCAGUGGCAGAAUGGUGAUAAAUCAAGUGGCUCGUGAUAUUGGUGCUGGGCGGUGCUAACGAUUGGGCGAGGAAUGCUUAUUCACAAUGUACGCCAAGGUCGUAAUCAAGGACGCUUGCAGGCACGUGGGCGGCUCAAAGUUCUACGAAGUGAUGGAGGGGACCAGCGUCGGGGACGCCAGCAUUCCGUCUCCCACGGAGAAGCAGGAUCCCACCAAACCCACGGAGAGUGACGACGAAGAACAAAUGCGCGAUAUCGAUGAGACUGCAUUCGCGAGUACGGUGCCGUUGUCCCCAGUGUCGGACGUGGACCAGGAGUGCACGGUGUUCUGCGGCGUCAGCUACCUCGGGGCUCAGAACAUCGCGGACCCCAAGUCGGAGACGGACAUACAGAGGAUCAUGAAGGAGUUGAGCUCGAUGCCCGAGAACAGAGACGGGAUCGCGGUCUCCAUAUCCGUUCCGGUCUGCUCGCAGGGACUCGUCGUCCUCUACCAAGCGGAGAGCAACGGCGUGAUGGCCCGCUACGCGGUGAACCGCAUUUCCUUCUACGCCCGAGGCGCGGUGGGCUCUCCCGUCGCCUCGUGCUUCGCCUUCACCUGGUCCCACGGAGAGACCAAGGAGUCGGCCGUCUACAGGUGCCACGUCUUCAGGUGCCACAUCGCCGAAGCCGUCAGCCAGGUGUCGAGUUGUUUCGCCAAAGCCUUCGAGAGGAUACCGCGCUCCAUGGCGUCUUCUCUGAUCGGCGAUUCGAGCGCCGCUCCUUCCAUGACCGGAUCCCUGACCGAGGGCUCGGGCCCGGCCGCUCCGCCCAUGCAGCUCAUGCACGUGCUCGAGUGCUCCGUGGACAUCAAGGAGACCGAUGCCAAGGGCUCGUUCAGCCACGUCCCGAAGGAGCGCCUCGGGUACAAGCUGCGAGGAGGCAUCGACAAGCAGGUCACCAUCAACGUCAAGCAGGUCACGAACAACGUGCCGACGGACUCCGACGACAUGACGCCGUCGUACACCGGAGGCCUCUUCAUCGAGAGAUGCUUCGGCAUACUUCUGGCGCCGGGACGGAGCGUCAAACAUUCGGACAUGCAGCUUCUCGAAAUGGUGAGCGGCGCGUCGGGCGGCUCGGGGUGCUCGGUGUGCGCGCUGUGGAACGCCGGGGAGUCGGCCCUCGCGGCCUUCAACGUCGCCGGCGGGGACGGCGCUCCCGCCUUCAUGUCGAUGGCGCUGGACCUCGUCAUCCGCGGCAUCAGGGAUCCGCUUCGAUUGGUCAUAGAGACUCCGGUGAAGGUGUACCCGCCCUCCGAGAGGUUCUGGUAUUACUCCAAAAGGCCCUUGGUGCAGCAGUUCUACAUCAACCUGAGAGAGUCGGCGGACUCCCUGGGUCAGCUGCAGUACGAGGUGGCCAGCGUGGACACCUCCGGGGAGCUGGACAGAUCCAGGCUGAACCUGCCCCUCUCCCUGUCCAGUCUCCUCCCGUCGCCGCUCUCCGCUGCGCCCGCGCCGCCUUCGCCGUCGGAGGCCGACUCAGACGGCGACGAACCCUUGCUGAGCGGAACCGGCGAAGUGUCGAAGGACUGCGGAGAGGACGUUCUGGAGAAUUGGGCGCAAGUUUUGAGAAGCUGGGCGGGGCCCCGGCCUCGAGCCCUGGGACCCUUGGUGCGGGCGGGCGUGCCCGAGGCGCUUCGGGGAGAGGUGUGGCUGCGUCUGGCGGACGUGGACCAGAACCACAAGCUGAUGGAGACCUACAGGACGCUCAUCAGCAAGGAUUGUCCGUUCGAAGCGGUGAUCCAGCGGGACAUAGCGCGAACCUUCCCCGCGCACGACUUCUUCCGCGAGGCGGGCGGCCUGGGCCAAGACUCGCUGCUGAGGAUGGCCAGGGCCUACGCGGUCUACGACCACGAGGUGGGCUACUGCCAGGGGCUGAGCUUUCUGGCCGCGACGUUGCUGCUGCACAUGCCGGAGGAGCAGGCCUUUUGCCUGUUGGUUCGUCUCAUGUACGGGUACGGCCUGCGGGAGCUGUACAAAGACGGCUUCGAAGCCCUGUACAUGAGGCUGCAUCAGCUCGAUAGGUUAAUGGAGGAGCAACUGUCCGACCUUCGCGCCCACUUCCGAGAGCUGGGAGUGGAGCCUCACAUGUUCGCCUCCCAGUGGUUCCUCACGGUGUUCACGGCCAGGUUUCCUCUACCUCUGGUGUACCACAUCCUGGACGUGUUCCUGCUGCAGGGCGUGGACACGCUGUUCCAGGUGUCCCUAGCUCUGCUCACCCGCUGCAAGAAGGAUCUAAUGCAGCACGACUUCGAGGGGGUGCUCAAGUACUUUAGGGUCACUCUGCCGAAGAAGUGUCGGGCGGAAGAGUCCUCUCGGCAGAUCGUGAAGCUGGCUUGCGGCAUCAAGGUCAAGAGGCUGCCCAAGUACCAGCUGGAGUACGAGAAGUUCAUCAAAGAAUCGGCCGAAGAGGAGAAGAUCAACGCGGAGUUGGAGCGACUGAAAGUGAUCAAUGCGCAACUGCAGCAGGACAAAGACACUCUGGAGAAACAACUCGCGCAGAGUCGCAAUAAGUUGGAAGAAGCCCGGAAGGAGUCGGGCCACCACUCGGCCGUGGCCCGGGACUACCGAGAGAUCUGCGGCAGGCUCGACAGGCAGCUGCAUCGUCUGCAGGACUGCACCAAGAGCUGCGUGGGCUGCGGCCUGAAGCUGGCUCAGUGGGACGAGGAGGAGCGCCGGGCGGGCGAGAGCGAGGAGAAGACCUGGAGCGAGGCGGAAGCUCGUCUGAAGCAGCGGGUGCGGGAGCUGGAGCUGGAGCUGGCGCAGGUCAAACUGGCGCACGUGCAGGCGCAGUGCAGCAAUCAGGAACUCAGUCACCGGCUGAACUCCGCCCUCAACGAGAUGCAGUCGGCGAUGAACCAGAAGCAGGCCGUGGCGCCCUGGCUCGUCCGCACUCUCGGUUCGAUCGUGGAGGCCGCUCAGAGCCGACCCUCCUUCCAAACGUACCUCCCGAACUCGAGCUCCGAGCCGACGCCGCCCGUCCGCCGGCGGCCCCACCCCGGCCCGCGGGGGCCCGGCGAGAGGCGCGUCUCCGAGCCCCGCAGCCCGGACGUCGUCCGCCGGACGCGGGACCCCAACGCCGAGAGGCGCUCCUCGCUCGUCGAGCCCGGCGUCUCCGGGGGGGAGAGGGAGGCGAACAGGCGGAGCUGCGACGCGACCACCGUCAGGAAUCUGUCGCUGGGUUGACGGAUCCCCCGACGAGGCGGGACCUCGAGCGCAUCGACGUCGCUCCGUGCCCCACUCGUCACCCCCCCACUAGUCAACGCGACGCAUCUCUAGAGUCUUCUGACACCGUGACGUUAAGAGAAUAGCCGUAGUCAAACACACUGUAUAUAAUAGUUUAAAUGUCAUCACAAUUUUAGUCGAAGAGACUCUACGCAUGUAUCUUACGAAUAGCCGUUAAUAGAAAGGUAUCUUGUGAAUAAUUGAGUGUAUCGUUCGGCCGCCGAGGUUUACAGAGUUUUAGAAGUGGCCCACGAUUUUUCUUUUUAACAUAUUAGCGUAUUUUUGUUUGGUGUCGAUUUAUGUGACCUCGAUAAAUCGAUACUGUCCAAAAAUUAAUGCAAAGUAAACGUUUUGAUUAAUUGAAAAAUGGGCCCAAAGACGUAAUCGUGCGCACGGUGAGCGAGUGCCACAUUUCGACAAUAACCGAGUCACGUAACGACGCUCGGGGCGAUCGUGCCUUUUGUUUCGAAUGCAUAUCGAAUGGUAUUUUAAUUAAUGUUCGACUAUCGCUAACUUAAUUACCGUUUAUUGCUAAUAUCUUCAAUCAUCGGAAACUUUAUAUAUAUAUGAAGAUAAAUGGUACAUAUCUUUGUGAAAUAUUGUGCGACUAAAGUUAGAUCUGAGUUAGGAAGCUUACGAUUAUCAGUAUUCGUCACUCGAGAACCGCAAAAUAUGAUGAUCUCGAUUGAAAUGUUAAAAUUUAUAUUAAGUAUUAUUUCAAAAUCAUUAAGUUUGCAUUUGUAUUCUAGUAUUCGAUUGAAAAAUAUCAUUGUGUUCACCGAUGUUUCUUAUGUUUGAUGUAAAUGCGACAGUUUUUUAAAUAAGCUCUUUAAUGCGAGCGAAAAAGAAAUGUUUCUGGCGUCCGUCACAAAGCAUUCCACGUCGAAAUAGCUGGAUUAUUGUGACCGUCAAAUCGUCGAUUGUAGAUAAUUAAUAGUGAUUUGUUUCCGUCUUAUUGUGAAAAUGUAUGAUUUACAAGGAA